AUGCCCAAUAUUUUAUCAUCUUCAGGCAUGUUCCUCAGUGCUGAUGAUGACUAUGACCAUGGUCACGUAGUAUAUUUGUGGAACCCAAGCAUUAGAAAGUAUAAAAAGCUUCCACCUAGUCACUUCAUUCAUUCUUUUGGUCCCUCAGAUUAUUGUUUCACAUUUGGACUUGCCUAUCAUUACCAAAACAAUGACUACAAGAUUCUAAAACUUAUUUAUGAAUACUCUCCUGGAGAAAAAGUGCCGCCAGCUGAGGCCGAGGUUUACACAUUGAGAACAGAUUCAUGGAGAAGGUUUGUAAUAUCUGUGGAGUCCUCAAGUGGGUCUAGACCCCUUGGAUCUGUUGAUUAUCUAAAUGAGUCCCACCUUUUAUUUUUUAAUGGAGCUCUACACUCUAUAGCAUGUUCUGAGGACUACAAAUUUAUUUUGUCCUUUGACGUCAAUGAUGAGAGAUUCCGGGAGAUAUUGCUUCCUCAAAAUUACUUAGAUGGUUUUUCUCUACUUUUUGAAGCUCUUGCAGUGUUCAAGGGAUCACUCACAUUGUUUGUUUUUGGUGAAGCUCUAGCUGACAAGAGUAAUCUAUGCCACCUAUGGGUAAUGAAGGAGUAUGGUGUGGUUGAGUCCUGGACUAAAAAAACUAUACAAAGGAAAGAAGCUGCAGAAUUCUUUGACUGCAUCGUUGACGGCACAGUCAAAGGGGAACGUUAUACGUUUUGGCCCUUUUGGAAGCUUUCAUUUGACCCUGAGAGUUUAAACAAGGAAAUUUUUAGAAUUCCAAAUGCUGGAUGUAUAAUCAAUGCAACUAAUUUUGUGGAAAGCUUAGUUUUACUUGAUGGGAUAAACAUCUCACAGGAAUGA